AUGAAGUCGUCUUUGAUUUCCAGUAUUGUGCUAGCUAGCCAGGUCUUCGCGCUCCCAACCACUACAUCAGUCAGGGCGAAUACAGCCGUCAAAUACGUACCAUUUUGCUCACUCUCAACAGCUGGGGUGAAUAUUGCCGGCUUUGACUUCGGCGUUCUUACCGAUGGCAGCCAGACUGUGUCGGACGUAUAUCCACCACUCUCAGCCCUCGGAGGACCUGAUGGAGCUGGACAAAUGAGCCACUUCGUCAAGGACGACAAUCUGAAUAUCUUCCGACUCCCAGUCGGCUGGGAAUAUCUCACAAACUACAAUAUCGGAACAUUCGACACUACGAAGCUAGCAAAUUACGAUCAACUUGUCCAAGCUUGUCUGAGCACCGGAGCUACCUGCAUAAUUGAUAUUCACAAUUAUGCUAGAUGGUAUGGAGGAAUCAUUGGACAAGGCGGGCCUUCUAAUGCGUCUUUCGUGCAAUUGUGGACUCAGCUUGCAACGAAGUACAAGGCUUCAACCAAUAUCGCUUUCGGGGUGAUGAACGAGCCGCAUGAUUUGGAUAUCAACAUCUGGGCAAGUACCGUUCAAAUGGUCGUCACGGCUAUUCGCACUGCUGGAGCUACGAGCCAAAUGAUUUUACUACCUGGAACUGGCUACACCUCGGCUGGAUCGUUCAUUGAUAAUGGUUCGGGGGCCGCGCUUUCCAAAGUCAAGAAUCUAGACGGCAGCACCACGAACCUAAUCUUUGACGUUCACCAAUACCUCGACUAUGACUACUCGGGAACACACACCGAGUGUGUGACUGACAACAUCUCCAGUGCUUGGCAGCCCCUUGCAACAUGGCUGCGAGCGAACAAGCGACAGGCGUUGAACACCGAGACCGGUGGAGGAAACACAGCUUCUUGUGAACAAUAUCUAUGCUCAGCAAUCAAUUUCAUGAAUUCGAACACGGAUGUCUUCUUGGGAUAUGUCGCGUGGUCAGCGGGAUCAUUCGACUCUACUUACGAAUUGGAUUUGACUCCAACCCUGAGUGGCAGCACUUGGACAGACACUGCCUUGAUGAAAGCUUGUAUUGCCCGAUAA